ACUCGGCGAUACACUGCUUGUUUUCAUGACGUCAGUCACGUGACCCAGGUAGACUCGUGGCUCGUGAGUUGAAUGUGUGUUGUGAGUGAAAGCUGCGGAGAGUCUGACAGUCGGGCAGACCACGCCCCUCCCAACAGCUGGGUGUCUUACCGUGACACCGGUGUGUGGUGUGUGACAGGGACAAGCACGUCGUCGUCGACACAGCGCUGCUGAGACAAGGGGACCGAUUGUGUUGGAUGUACCGGCAGUUUGGUGAGGUGUAAUGAAUCAUUGAUAAUUCUCUUGGAAUAAGAUAAUCCCUGUUUUACUGUGUGCGUUAAUGGGCGAUGUCCCGAGUGCUUAACCAACAGUCCGAGCAAGCCAUGCGAGGGCCGCUGGAGAUGUGUAACGGGGUGGAACCCCACCCCCUAGUUUAGGGCCCCGGGGGUUAGAGCAGCAUCGACCACCACAGUUCCACUCGGAGAUUAUGGGCAAGGCAGCGUCCGCCAUAGAAAGGAGACUGAAUGAUGGACAGUUUAGGUUGACAAAUGGGAGAAAAUUAGACUCGGAUCCGAUUUUCGCCGGGAGGAGGGAUGUGAGGGACCCUUCCACCCUCCAGGAGCGCCAGAUCGUCAGCCCCAGGGGCACCGUCAGAGGAUACCGUAACCGGGUGAGGGCCGGGAUUGCCACCUUCCUCGAACCCAUCUGUGAUAAGACAGAUGAUGAGGAGAGGAACUACCGUCAGCAUGAGAAGGGAAAGAUUGUCAUCUAUACAACCAGUAUGUGCGUGGUGCGCGACACGUGGGAGAAGUGCAAGGUGGUGCGGAACAUCCUGCAGACACACAUGAUGCGCUACGAGGAACGGGACCUCUAUAUGAGUCGGGACCACCAGAGGGAGCUGCAGGAAAGGCUCGGUACCGACCAAAUCAAUGUGCCGCAUGUCUUCGCUGAUGGGAUUCACUUAGGUGAUUCAAACGAGUUCCAGACCCUGAACGAGACAGGGGAGCUGCGCGACAUCUUUGAGAAUUUUCCUAAAAUCAGUGUGAGAUCGUCGUGUGGGAAGUGUGGAGGUUAUCGCUUUGUUCCCUGUAGUCACUGUCAUGGAAGUAAAAAGUCGCUACAUCGGAAUCACUUCACGGAAGAGUUCCAUGCCCUUCGCUGUAUGCAGUGUGAUGAGAGUGGCUUGCAGAGGUGUGACAUGUGCCUAGACCAACAAGAGUAGUCUCCCUUUACCUGACCCUUCAUGAAACAAAGGUCUCACAGAACUGGAGAAAUUGCCUCGGCACUCUGCUCAAGUCGGGGAAUGUGCUGAUUUACUGGACACUGAACAUAAAACAAUUGUUUGAUCAUCCAUACUGGUACAUUCCAAACUAUGUUUAAAAUUUGUUUGGGUGUAUUUUUUCCAUCUUCAGAAUGUAUUUUGUAGUCUUGCCACUGGACAAUAUAGGAUCUAAAGAAGACUACAAAAAGCAUCCUUAGUCAAUACCAUUACUUGUCUAUAUG